AAGUGAAACCAUCAAUUCACAAAGCCAAAUCUAACACGUUUCCUCAUAUAUAUAUAUCAAACUGUUGCUUCUUCCUUCACAAAAACUAAACCACUUUUAAUUUCACUUACAUAUAUGAUAGAUAUGGAUAUUAAGAUUAAGAAAAGUGAUGAGUCUGCAAAGCUCAACGAAUUAAGAAAAGGUCCAUGGACAUUAGAAGAAGACACCAUUUUGGUUAAUUACAUUUCAACCCAUGGUGAAGGUCACUGGAACACUGUUGCAUGUUCUGCAGGUCUUCGGAGAAGUGGGAAAAGUUGUAGAUUACGGUGGUUAAACUACUUGCGUCCUGAUGUACGCCGAGGAAAUAUCACACUCCAAGAACAGAUUUUGAUUCUUGACCUCCACUCUCGCUGGGGCAAUAGGUGGUCGAAAAUUGCCCAACAUCUACCAGGAAGAACGGACAAUGAAAUAAAAAACUAUUGGAGGACAAGAGUGGUCAAGCAGGCAAAGCAACUCAAAUGUGAUGUCAACAGCAAACAGUUCAGAGACGUCUUGCGUCAUGUUUGGAUGCCUCGUUUGCUCGAACAGGUUCAACCUGUACCCCAAAUCCCUGACUCGAAUAACUUGAACCGACCAAAUUUCAUUCUUAACCAAAACACAUUGAACAGUUCAGUUUCGGAAAUAGAGUGGCCAAAAUCAAACAACUCUUCAAUUGCUAGUCCUAUUUCCUCGAACUCGUCAUCAGUUGAAUUUCAAGUUCCUUCGAAUUCGGAGCUGUUGAAUCAUGAUGGCUCGAAACUAUGGUCAAAUUUCAAUAACCAGGUAUCAGAACAGGGGAAUAGUGGUGAUUGUGACUCAUUGGAGAAUUUGUGGAACGAUGAGAACAUGUGGUUUUUGCAACAACUUUCUGAUGAUCUUGAAAUAAAAUACAAUUACUUUGCGUGACGCUAACUUUGUAGAGUUAAUUACUUUAAUUAGUUUAAUUAACAGUAGUAGUAUGAAACAUUGAAAAAAAUGGGAUACAAUUUGACGUGUUGCUACAAAUACAUUAAAAUAGCACGCACUAAAAUCUUGUUAUU